GUCAUCGAAUGCAGCCUAGAGACGACCAGCCUCCGGAAAGGUGCCGAUCCGCCACAGUACGAAGCCUUGUCCUAUGCCUGGGGCGGGGGUAGCGGGUUGAAGACCACUUGUGUCGACGGCCUUGACAUUCAGAUCAGGUUUAACUUGGGGUCUACACUUCGUCGAAUCUCGAAGAUGGGCGAGCCGCAUUAUCUCUGGGUUGACGAUACCUUAAUCAAUCAAUACGACACUGUCGAGCGCAGCCAGCAAGUU